AUGAUGAUCGGCAUCAAAGAAUUGCCAGAAGAGAUGGGGAUCGAUUGUGUGAUGCCGAUGUCACUAAAGGUCGACAAUCGAGCAACUCGUAAACAAAUUACCGGAGAAUCUUCAUCGAGGGCGAAGCACACUGAUCUGAUAAUCAAAUUUGUGGGCUUUUAUGUCAAGCGGGGGAUUCUCAAGACCGAGUAUUGCGAAAGGUCCCGCGUGCCAGCUGACAUGCUGGCAAAGGCACAUUCAUCACCAAGAUUAGAGGAGCUAAAGAAUUUAUUUGUCUGCAUCACAGUGGAUAUGGAGUGUCACGAUUGGAACGUGUACAUGGAAAACGAAAACAUGCACGAUGGUGGAGUGUUGGACAUUAACAUUAAAUCGGUGCGUGUAAAGACUAAGAACAUUUUUUUAGUGCGAUGCGCGACAUGUUUUCGACGUAUUGAGGUGUAA